UGUCUUUAUUAGUGAAACCGCUGAAGUCAAAGCUUGGAAUCGUAUCACGAAGACAAGCCAAAGCACAAACAUAAUCAGAAUCUAUACCACAUAUGCCGCUGUCUCUUAAGAUGUGGUCCUGUAGCACCCACGAUUGGGCCCUCGAGGCCACGAUUAGGCGAUGGAUGGGAAGGAAAGAAGCCGAUAUUCAGCGUGAGGAGAUCGUCGAUAACCGAGAGAUCAAACAUGACGGUGGAGUUGUUCGGAGAACAAACAGAGGAGUACCAGAUCGAAGGGCAAUUCGCUAACCGAAACUGUAUGAUUUACGAUUCGGCGAAGGAAACAGUGGCGGAAAUUCGACGCAAAGUGGAUGCUACAACAAAUGUAACGCUAGGGAAGGAUGUGUUCUUGCUAACUCUGAAGCCAGGGUUUGAUGGUGCAUUUGCAAUGGGAUUGGUUCUAGUGCUUGAUCAGAUCAACGGUGAUGAUGGGGAUGAUGAUGGUGAUGUGGACCCCACCACAUAUUGUAAUCUGUCAACUUGAGUUUAAGUUUUUUGUUUUUAUUUUUAUUAUUGUAAGGAAAAUAUGUUUGAAUAUUAUCAACCGCAUGGGGAGAUACCACCAAGCGUAUGUGAUAUAUGAAAUAUGAAUAUUUAUAUGGUUUAAAUUGGGUUU